UCAGCUGGUAGUCGUAUUUAGAAUCUGUGUUCCUCAGAGUCUGGAGGUUCUUGUUUGACCGGAGGGGCGGACUCGUGGGACUUGUUGCUUCUCUGCAUUCUCCAAAUGACUCCUCACCUGAGGAAUGAUGCCGAGGCCCAGUCCGCCACUGUCGACCACAACAGAAGUGAUGAUCGUCUGUAGAGCCAAGGCUCCAAAGUUGUUUGCGCCGAAGACCAGGGCAUAUCUUUCCAUUGACAGGUCAGCCGCAAUCUGGUACCUAAUAAUGAGUAUUGUUUAUUUAAGUGCACUUUUCCCUGCUCUGCCUUCAAUAAAAUUGGUCAGAAUAAUGGUAAAACAACCCCUUUCUUACAUGGCUAUUGUUAUCAGCAGCAUGUACAGGCACUUGAAAAUGACAUAACCACUGUAGCAGACCCAGAUGUUGCCGGUGAAGGUCAUGAGGAAGAGUGCUGCUGCCCCAAGUCCAGAGAAACCACCCAGGGCCAGCUCUCCCCACUGGUCCCAUCUCACCUCAGUGAAGCCUAUACCGUUGGACACUGCCUCCACGCCUCCAUUGUAGAUGCUGAAGUUCUGAGAAGGCUGCACAUGCUCCCACAGCACCUGCAGGGUACAUUGCAAUGAUCCUUUAGGUGAUUGUAAGGUAUUUAAUACCCACGUUGAAGUGAUCACUUGAUAUGUGCAAACAAAGCAGGUGUGUGGCUUUUUCAUUUAAACCUUUUUGUUAAUUGUGUCUUCACAACUGACCUGAACGUAGUUGACAGUCUGGUUAUAGCCGCAGGUGGCCAUUGCCCACCACACUGACCAGUAGAGGAGCUGUCUGGAGGAAUAGCACUGGAGGAAGUCCCUCCACAGCUGGAGGAGGACUUGGCUGCAGCUCUCUGCGCCAACUGACUCCUCAAGGUCCUCAGCCUUGGGCCCUUUCUCAUCCGGUCCUGGUGUUGCUUCAUCCUCUGUUUCCUCUUUCUCCACCUUCUCAUCUCUCAUGUUUUCCAGUGAUGCUUUUGCUCUGCUUGUGUGUUCUGUUGCAUCCCCAGUCCCAUACACGUGCCUCUUUGUUCCCCCCGUUGCUAUUUUCUGUCCAGUACGUCUGCGGUGAAAGAACAUGCUCUGCUGUGGCAUUGGCAGGAAGCAGGACACGAGAAGAGCGACGGCAGUGAGGACCAGAGUAAGCAUCAAGAUGUUGUUAAAUGACAUGAGUUCGAAGCUGAUGAGCAGCUGGCCCAGCACAGAGCCCACUGUGUACCCCAGGAGCUGGACACUGCGGCUGUAAGAGGUGGCCUUCCGAUACCUCUUCAGAUCCACAACACUGUAAAAAAAAAAGCAAAUUCUAAAUGUCAUGUCUGUCCCGACAAUGCGGCAUUCAAACCCCUGACAGUGUCCUUUGAGUGCAAUAUAUGACCUGUAGAUGUAAGAGAAGUAGGCCACCUCGCUGGCUGUCACCACCCCGUAGAAGAACUGCAUGGCCUGCAUGGCUGGUACACUUUUCAGCCAGAGUAGCAUCGCUGUGGUGAUGAAGAGGGUGACGCACUGGAACACCACCACAGGCUUGUAACGCAGCCAGUCAGUCAGCAGGAACACCGGCACCAGCACAGAUAGGUACGAGUACGUCCACACCGGGAAAAUUUGAUUGUUUACCUGAUGAGGAAAAACCAACAAAUAAAGAGCUUUUGCGUGAGAGACGGGAUCUGUCCUUCCUCAUAGCAAUAAGCAAUAAAAAAAAGGUUUUAUAAUCUUGAUUGGAUUUUACCACUCAAGUCAUAAAGAUAGUAUUUAUGUAUUUAAUGUAAUUCACCAACUUGGCUAUUUUGUAAUCAUUAAACAUGUUUAAACAGUUUCUUCAAGCACCAAAAGGUCAGUAAAUUAAGCAUUUUAGGUUUGGGUGUCAAAGCCUCAAAGCCGACUAGGCAAACUGAAAUAGUGUACUUACUCAGCCACGGUUACUCUUUUGACUGUCUGAUUUACAUUAUUGUAUCUUUCUGAUUCAUGAAUUGCUAAAGUAACUUACUUAUUUGUGUUAUUACCUGUUCUGUUGUCAGAUUCUUGUCUGGUCCUGUCAAAUAUAGGAUAAGGAAAGGCUCCAGGGGUUUAACUGUGCUGAAGAAUCCGUAAAUGCACAGCAAAGUAGUGGGAUACCUCCAGUCUGUCCUCCAUCUCCUCACUGCCUCCAUCUUCUGCCGUUCUUUGUCUCAGGCUAGGAUGCCCUACCUGCCAGGGAGACCAGCACUUGGCCCAAGCUGGCACCAAAUGUAUAUCCAACCAGCAUUGCACUUCGCAGUGGACCUGAAGGAAGACCAUAGCAGGCAGACCCGGGGCAAAGCAGAGCAGGACAUAGUUGGUGACCAGGAAGAGCCCCUGCACCACAAUGACGGGCUUGUGCCUCAGGAAGUCAGCCAGGAGGAAGACGGGGAAAAGGAAGGCCAGGUAUGGUGUGAGGAAGGGCUCUGCUACUCUGCAGUUAGCAAAAAACCCAUAGAGUGACAGGACAGCAGUAGGGUAAGCCCAGCUGGAUGCCCUCAGUUUGGCACAAAUGCCCAUGUUUUUACCUCUGCAGAAUUUCCAAGAGAGAUCGUGUCUUGUUUUUAUUUCCAGGAGCGUUGCCUGAGCACCUUGUUCUGUGGUGGAAGUCGGGCUACCUGGACUUUUCCUCAGUUCAUUGGCCAUAGGCUAUCAGUGUUCAUAGUAGCUAGAAUAUACACUCUUAUGUCUUUAUGAUCUGCAUGUGUCACAGUUUAUGAGCAAUAGACUUCAACCUGUUAGGAAAAAGGAUUGCUGAGAGGUGCAAGGUAUUGAGCAGCCGGACUUAAAUUGGCAUGAAAAAGUCAUGCUGCUUAGUAACCUCAGCACAUAUUCCUGUAUAUUCCUCUCGUACCUAGUAGGCAUAACAUAGCUUCAUCACUGGCUACUCACAAAAAACUCAAGAAAUUCAGGCCCAACUUUUUCAAGGGGCCCCCUUUCCUUUCAUCUCCUUGUGCAAUGCACCCAGGAUGUGCAAAUAAGAGAGCAGUAACUAACAUCUUAUUUGUUUUAGCCAAGUUGACGUUAGAGUUCUGGAAAAGUUUCCCCUAUGAUCGUACUGCGCAUGCCUUGUGGGUGCACGCUGCAUGCGCCUCGAGUCUGUCGUCCUGGAAACGGUUUGUUGUUAGCUGAUGUCGGAGGGGACAGGUCGAUUUGAAGUUGCCUGAAAAACAUCGAAAAUGAAACUCAAGCGGUUCCUUCUCAGAUACUAUCCGCCGGGUAUAAUCUUGGAAUAUGAGAAAGGAGGAUAUUUGAGGACCAAAUCGAUCGACCUGUUGGAUUUGACUCCAGAAACAAACCCAGAUGAGUUGUUGGCCGAAAUCAGGCAAUCGGAGCCUCUGAUCACCGAGUCCCGGGCUGUUCAGGUCAAACAGCUGAUCCUUCGACUUCAGCAGAAACAUGGCCAGCAGGACCACCACAGGUUCUGUUUCUUUAAGAGGCUUAAGGCGCACAUACUGCCGCUGACCAACGUUGCCUUUGAUAAAUCCGGGUCACGGUUUAUAACUGGGAGCUAUGACAGGACUUGUAGAGUUUGGGACACAGCCUCAGGCACAGAUCUGCACACGCUAGAGGGUCACAGGAACGUGGUUUAUGCAAUCGCAUUCAACAACCCCUAUGGAGACAAGAUUGCCACCGGCUCUUUUGAUAAGACCUGUAAACUGUGGUGUGCUGAGACGGGCAAAUGUUUUUAUACCUUUUGCGGACACACGGCAGAAAUAGUGUGCCUGGCAUUCAACCCCCAGAGUACACAGGUAGCCACAGGGAGCAUGGAUGCCACUGCCAGGCUGUGGGAUGUGGAGACUGGGGAGGAGGUGGCCACUCUGACUGGUCACACUGCAGAGGUCCUCUCUCUGUGCUUCAACACGGUGGGAAAUCAGCUGGUCACUGGCUCCUUUGACCACACCGUUGCUAUAUGGGAUGUUGCUUCAGGAAGACGUGUCCACGCUUUGGUUGGUCACGGGGGGGAAAUCUGCAAUGUUCAGUUCAACUGGGAUUGUUCCCUCAUAGUCACAGGCUCCAUGGACAAAACCUGCAAGUUGUGGGAGGCAGUCAGUGGGACGUGUGUGGCCACCCUAGUUGGACACACAGAAGAGGUGCUAGAUGUGUGUUUUGAUCUAAGGGGCCAGCUCAUUGCUACUGCCUCUGCUGAUGGUAGAGCGAGAGUGUUCAGUGCAACCACACAUCAGUGUCUUGUGACCCUUGAUGGCCAUGAUGGAGAGAUCUCCAAGAUCUGUUUCAGCCCCCAAGGUAGCAGGAUCCUGACUGCCGGCUCAGACAAGACAGCUCGUCUGUGGGACGUUCAAUCUGGAGUCUGCCUACAAGUCCUGGAGGGGCACACCGACGAGAUCUUCUCCUGCGUCUUCAACUACGAGGGUGACACUAUCAUUACAGGCAGCAAGGAUAACACAUGCCGAAUCUGGUACUGACCCGUCCCUUGACCCCUGAGAGGAUCAGACGGGCAUACACAUGGACACAACAGCUCACCAUGUACACCACUGUGUAUAUUUAUGAAAUACCUACUUCAAAAUCUGAAGUCACUUUGAGGUAAAAGUCCGGUUUCUGACAUCUGUGUAAGGUUAAAGUGGCUCAUCCUCGCUUGAUUAUACAAUGUGUCUCUCUGAUGUUCCUCCUGUUACUCAAUCAGUUUGAAGCUUCAUUUGUUCCCUGACCCGACAGUUAACAGUAGUUUAGUCUAAAACUACGUUUUUGGAAUAGUUCCGACAUUUUGGAACAAUUCUUGGACAAAGCUAGAAGGCUAUUAGUUUAGCUUCAGCCUACUGAGCUGCAAACAUCCCAAAUGUUUUACUGUUAAUGUUCAUGUUCGGCUCAUCUUCAGGAGCCCAUUAUCAGCUAACAAAUUAUUCUGAUACUUUUGUUUCUACUGCCGUGUACGUUUCCGUGAUGUAUACGAAGCAGUAUUUUCUGAAAGCACAAUAAAAUGCCAAAUGUUUUUUUAAUAGCUUCAAGUUCAUCUCGCUGCUUGUUUACAACCAAUGCAAUGUAAUACUGAUGUGGAUAAACAGUGUUCAGUUCCCUUCCUGCUGAAUGUUACAAAUAGAUCAAGCCCGCUUGUAUUUCACAUCACAGAAAUUUAUUGAUGUCAAAAGAUAAAUACAUUCAGUUCUACCGUGACAGUUUACAGCUGAAUUGUGUGCUUUCACCCCCCCCAACACUAGAGAACCACUCAGUGGAGAAAUAAACAGACCUAAUUCACGUACAAAUUCAACAUUACAAACCUCACUCUGUCUUCCUGACAUAGUAAAAGCUAAAGAGAGCAGUCCACUACUCCCAGGUGCAGAAGAUCCAAAUCUACAGUAUGUACAGUACAGCUAUCCAAAAUAAUCAGUUCCCGAGUAACAUGAAGAAGAUAACAUACUUACUUUGAACUGAAUUUCAAGGUCACAACAGAGAUGGUACGUUGGCCGAUGAACACAACAAAGAUAUGGCCAUCAGAAGAAGGUGAAAGAACUUUUUCUGGGCUUAUGUUGAUAUAAAAGUUAUGGGCAUGUUGAGUUGUGUGGAGAAUUUAACCUGAUAUAUAUAUAUAUAUCUAUA